UCCUCCUCCUCACCAUCAACCUCAACCUCAAACUCCUGCGCAAACUGUAAAACCCUCGAAUCUUCUUCUCCUUCCUCCUCAAAUCCAGAAGAAAUCUCAAACUUGAAACCUUGCAACUCAUGCAAAAGCGUCUCGUACUGUUCACGAGAUUGCAAAAAAGCACAUACCAAACAACAUAAGAAAGUUUGUGCUUCUUUGGCGCAGGAGUAUUCUAAAACUGCGGAUUUUAAGAUGGCGACACGGGCUUCGGCGCCGAAGGUUAGUGGGAGAGGGGGAAAGAUUGGGAAGUGGGAGUAUGAUACUUGA